CGCUAGACGAACGGGUCUGCGGGACAUUUAAGCAGUGAUACGGGAUUGUGGGCUGUAUUAAGAAAAUCGGGACUGUCCCUGGAAAAACUGGACUGUUAGGCGGGAGAAGGACUGGGGCAUGAAUCGAGACGGAGCCCCCGGGAAGAGUCCGGAAGAAAUGUACAUCCAGCAGAAGGUGCGAGUCCUUCUCAUGCUGCGGAAAAUGGGUUCCAAUCUCACCCCAAGUGAAGAGGCGUUCCUUCGCUCUUAUGCAGGAGUGGUAAACAGUCAGCUCAGCCAGCUGCCACAGCACUCUCUUGAUCAAGGUGCUGAAGAUGUGGUUAUGGCAUUUUCUAGAUCAGAAACAGAAGAUCGAAGGCAGUAACAGCACAGCAGACAUUGUUUUGCAGAUGAAUAAGGCCUAAACAUUCAGAAGCUUCUACUGAACAAUAUCCCAAGACUUUGUCCACACACUCCAGAUUCAUGAACUGUCCUGAAGUUUCCCCAAGACCUCCUUUUAAUUUGUUCAUUCAAUUAUUGAAAGUAAAUGAUUUUUUUUGCAAAUCCUGUUCAAAAGAAGCAGUUUGGGACAAACCUAUUUGAAGAAGACUGGCCCACGGCUCCUCUGCAAGGUUUUGUUUUUUUGUGGUUUGUUUUUUAUUUUUGCUGAUGACAAACGCCACCUUGUUUUUUUUUUUUUAUUGUAUAUGUAUUUUUUUUAGUUCAUCAUUUUUCAUGAAUGAGACCAUUUGAUAUUUUUUCACAUAGGCCAUCUCUAUUAAAGAGAGCUGGAUAUAAUUGCAACUGGAAGUAUUUAUUAGGGUGUCCUCUAGUUAAAGAUCUGUGCGCUCCCUCUGACAUUUUUAAACUGACUUUAGUUUUAUUUUAAUACUGAAAAUGUUUUUUUUUCUUGUUUGUUUUGUAUGUUGAAGCUUUGGCUGUUACACACUGUGUCAUUUGACUUGAAAGAAGCCAGCUUUUUGUAAUAUUUAUUACAGUUUUUGGGAAAACAGUGUAAGCUACGCCUUUGUAUUUUAUUUUGCCUAAAGAUUGUCUUAGCCGUGUGAAAUACUUAAGCCUUUUCUUAGCAACAGGGAAACACUAUAUUCCAUUGACUUGUGCAGUUGGUUAAUGUGCAUGUGUGUGGGGGGUGGGCUUUAAACUGGGUAUUUUUUUGUCAUUGUCAACGCGAAUAUUUUCCACCUUAGUGAUUAAACGUUGUGCAAAUUGCCA